AUGCCGCGCGUCGUCAUUCGCAGGUCGAUGCAAAAAGAAGACUUUGACUACAUCGAUUUGGAUGAACCACAUGCAGAGCCAGCUUCACGGCCGAAUUCUAGAAAGGCGAAGCGGCGAGCUAUAGAGGAUUCUCAACCUUCUGACGAGAAUGACUCUGUCGCAUCUGCCGAGGCUGAGUCUAUUGAAGAACUCGGCGAUGAGGAGUAUGUGCUUGAUGAAGGCUCCUCUCAGGUAUCUGGUGCUCCCGCCGCUGAGGAUGGAACGUUCUCGCCAGAGGUUGAUCGGAAGCUGACUCUUCAAGAACCUCUCUUCAUUGAGUCGAGUCCGGAAGAAAAACCACCAAAGCACGAGUUUGCUAGUGUAGUGGCUUCGCCAGAGCCAGAUUUCCCAGUCACUGAAGAAGAUGCGAUUGAUGAUGUUUCCCAAACACCAGUACCUGAGGAUGAAGAAGUCAUCUGGCCACCUAUAGAAAGCGGCGAGCAGCUGGGUUGGAUCAUGGAACACCUUGCAAAAACAGGCACGAACUUCCCAGAUGAUGCCUUCAAUGAUCUCGUCUCCCUUGUGUGUGACGAUGAAGAGCAGCCCAAACAAGUACCAUGUUAUCUCCUGGCAAAAGCAUUGACGCGUUCCUUUCGCAGUGACAUUCGUCUUUGCGACUGGGCCGCUGCAACAACGGCACUCCAACAACUCGAUCAGGUUGAGAAGCGCUUGCGAAAUCACUUCGCUGCCAUGGAAGGUCAUGCCAUGAAAAAGUACCUGUACAAGGAAAGAAAAGCACUAACAAACAUGUUUCGCUAUGUCUACAUUGGCUUGCGACGAUGGGCCGUUAUUCAUGAAGCGAUGCAGCGGAAAACCACAAACGGCCGCUUACUGACGCUCAUCAAUGUCUUGUUUCCUGCACAACUUCCAGCACACAAUAUGGCCGCUCAGCGUGGGAUGGCGGAGCAAAUGGGCAAUCAUCGUGGAGCGCUCUUGCGUUUCGUUAGUGGCCUGCAGCAAUAUCGCGAUGAAGGGGUCGGACGCCUUCCAGUAGACUACCCAGGGUACAGUCGCUUUGCCACGCAAUUAUCUUGGUCAAGUGUGCAUACGGUGCUCGUCAAGUAUUUGACGCUCGUCCAACAGGCAAUGGCCAAGGUGGAACAUUUCUUGGAGCCGAUACCGGAGCCCUUGCAAGCGAUGGGUAUCAAGCGAAGCGAUACGGUCAUGAAUCGUAUUGCACGACACCUGAUUGGGACGUGCAAACAUGGAUAUGAUACCACGCUGCGUGAAGCUGAUGCACUAGAAGCGUUGCGGUCGAGGCUCAAAGAGGAACGUCGGUUGCUGAGGCAGAAAAUGCGAGAGGCGAAAAACAGUGGAGAGGUACCCUUAUUCCGUACAGGUCUGUCGCCGGAGCUGUGA